AUGAAGAUUCGCCCUGCUACAUUAGACGACGUACCCGCCGUCGCUCGCAUCGUCUUGUCGGCUCUGGCGAACGAGGCACCGUGGAAGGCAUUCCUCCCGCGCAGGGCACAAGCUGACGCUACCCAUAUCGAAUACUGCGAGGCAAUCCUUCGAAGCUACCUAGAGCCGGCCAAUAGGAAUUCCUGGCUCAUCUUGGUCGUCGAAAUCUCUGCGACCGAUGCCAAGAUAGAUUCUGGGCCGAUUGUCGUUUCCGUUGCCGUGUGGGACACCUCCGCCGGUCUCGGCCAAGGCCAGGGCGACAAGGGGCGGCCGGGGAGUGUUGGUCAGGAUACGCGAAGCCAUGCCGUUGCGGCCAUGAACUCGCAGCCGAAUCGUCAGCUCGAUGACAAGGCUCCAGCCAAGCUCGCUGCCCUCUGCCAGGCCACUGUUGACGGGAGAAGGAGACACUUCUCCAACCAUAUUCCUUACAUUUUCCUUCAUCUGUUGGCCACAGGACCUGAUUACCAAAGAAAGGGUUAUGGAAAGGCUCUUUGCGCCUCUGGUAUCAAUCUGGCCAGGCAAAAGCAUGCUUCAGUCUGUCUGCAAACCGCGUCUAGGGGUUACAUCCUCUUCUCGGGACUCGGCUUCGUCGACGAAGGACCCGUAGCGCUUCCCGCAGAGCCAGGGACUGAGGAUGUUCUCAUCAAGGCCAUGGUGCUAGAUUCAAAUCUGAUACAGCGACGUGGAUCAAUCUUUGACUCCCUCAUGCGAUAUAUUACGGGUUGA